GCGCGCAUGCGCCGUGUGUUUGACGUGUAGGUCGUUGACGUUCCGUUCAGUCGGUAUUCCGCUUUGACGUUUCGUAACGUUUGUGUAAUAGUUUUUUCAGUGAUUUUAUUUUGUUUUAUAACUUAUAAUAUUUUAAAUAACAAUAAAAAUGGAGAGAAAUGAACGCAAAACGAACUCUCGUAAUCAUUCGAUAACUAUAGAUCGUGAUUCCAAAUUUGUUUUGCGAAAAGUUUUGCUGGAUUUUACGAUACUCUUUAUUGUCGGCUUCCUCAUCUUAGUUUUCUAUCUGUGGGGAACGCCAUACAAGCGUGGCUUCUUUUGCGACGAUGAAUCUUUAAAACAUCCCUACAAAGAUUCAACCGUCACGAACUUGAUGCUGUACAUCAUCGGCAUCGGUCUUCCCACUUUCUCGAUGUGUCUCACCGAAUGGAUCAGACUGCGAGACUAUAGAGGCGGUCGGUCUCGUGUCAUCUUCGGGAGGGAGAUACCCGCCUGGGUGUGGGAGGCAUACCGGGUUAUAGGGGUGUUCCUCUUUGGGUGUGCCUGCCAGCAGCUCACCACUGAUGUAGCCAAGUACACCAUCGGAAGGCUGAGGCCGCAUUUCUUCUCCGUUUGUAACCCAGACAUCGACUGUACCCUGGCCGAGAACAGAUGGCGAUACAUCGAGAAGUUCACCUGCCUCGGAACUGAUGAUAAACUGAAGAAAGAAAUGAGAUUGUCAUUCCCGAGCGGCCAUUCGUCUUUCUCAGCGUAUACAAUGCUCUAUUUUGCGAUGUACCUCCACAAACGCUUCACAUGGAGAGGUUCGAAGCUUCUCCGCCAUGGCAUACAGUUCGUUCUGAUCAUGAUGGCGUGGUACACAGUAAUGACGAGAGUCUCCGACUACAAGCAUCACUGGAGCGACGUCCUCGCUGGCUUCAGUAUUGGACUGCUUUAUGCUGUUGUUAUUUUCACCUUCGUAUCCGAUCUCCGUAAGACACCACGCAGACCUGCCCUCAACCACCAUGACAACGAACUCACCACAAACGGCAAUACGCGCUCUGCCGCAGCAUGGAACGUCUGACACUCCCCCGACUCCCAUAGCUCAUUGAGCGAGGAACCAUGACCCCCAAACGUGUCAUGGAUAUCCCAUGAGUACAUUGACUUUUAAUGGACUUACUGACGUAAGCAAUUUUUUUUUUUCAAAAAUAUAAAUUAUUUAAGAAGUGAGUGUUGGUGUAAAACUUGUGAAUUUAAAAGUAUUUUAUAGUUGGCAGCGAUUUUUAAAAAAGAGUACUGAUUAUAAGGGUAUUUUUUUGAUGGGGGACUUAUAAAAGGUAAGAGAAAAAGUGGGAGCAAAAAAUCCUUGUAAUAGACCUACAGACGUAAACAUUUAUUCAUACAUAUAUAUAUUUUGGGAAGCGAGUGUUGUUGUAAAAGUUAUGAAAUUUGAAAUGAUUUUCCAGUUUACUUUGUUUUACGUAACAAACGUAGCUUAUAAAAGAUUACUACUUAUCAGGUUACAUUUUUAAAGUGGAUCUCCCCUUUACACAAGGGGAAAGGGACGAGGCAAAAUCGUUAUAAUUGACUUACUGACGAAAUAAUUUUUCUUCAUAUAUAUUUUUUUAAGAAGUGCAGUUAACUUGUUUUGAAAUAAUGAGCUAACAGUGUUGUUUACAACAGAUUUCUACAGAUUAGGGUAUAUUUUUGAAGAG